CCAGUAUGGCCACCAAUCCAUCCUCAAGUUUUAGUACCAUUAUCACCAGCAUCAGACAGUGAUGAUUGUGACGAUCAAAGGGAAACACUAACAAAUGAAGCAACCAGUUCACUGGAACCACUCCAUAUAUUGGGAAAUCAGGAUACAAGAAAACCUGAUAGUUUUGGAGGGACUUUAAAUGAGGCUGAAAGUGGUAAGGGAAUGCCACAAAAGUUGUGUGAUGGAGAACAAAAGCUGGCCUCUUUAGAGCAGUCUAUUCAGGAACAUGUGAAGAAGAGCCAAAUGCUGACGCAAAAAGAGAUCGAGAAUCGUAAAGUUCUUCAACUGAAGAAGAAGGAACGGUACCAACUUGUCUCACAGUUAAAAACCUUGGAGACGGAAAUCAAAAACGUAACUGCAUCAGUCACAUUUUACAAGUCACAAAUGGAAGCAACGCAGAAAGAGAUCCAACUUUUGGAAAAACAGAAAGAAGAGUGCCAAGCUGGCAUAACAGAAAGUGGGCUUUGUGGACCAUUAGCAGAUGCUACAUGUGCAAAAUCACCUAGUGAUGGUCACUUGCAAGUAUCAGGAACUGACAGAAAUCAAAAUCUAUCCAGAGCACAAGAAAAACAGAGACUCAUGGAAAGAGUAAAACAGAUUGAAGAAACACUAGAGAAACUGAAGAAAGGUGUACCAAAACACUAG